CACACACACACUCACACUGGGUUCGCAGCCGCUCAGCUAACAAGACUCCCUGCCUAUACUGUUGGGCGCUUCUUACUCCCCGGGCAACUUGCAAGGGAGUGGCUCGGGUUCUAGAGACCAAUCAUCCGAUACCCGGCUCUUCGUCUUGAAACAACGUGUUGGCUCGGGACGCGUUGGGUCUGUGACGCCGUGUCUCACAUCUGUCCAGCGCGGUGUAGGUGGUGCUGCUGCUGCCCUACAGAUCUUCAACGGGGAGAGACAGAUACUACUACUAGUUAUUGCUCCCACCCCCGCCGCCGACACCUUUCUGGUGGUGCAGGUGACACACUGCCUCCAGUCCUCUCGUGACGGGGGGAAGAUCUCGGCAGAGAGCAGCAAGCAAUGGCCGUUCCACAGUCGACGUCGGCGUCGGCAUCCCCGCCGCCGACCUCACAUGGAGACGAUACGAGCGGUAACAUGAACAACUACAGCAAUUACACCACCACUAACAACAAUGACAACAACCACCACCACCACCACCACCACGACAACACCACCAGCCUCGAGACAUAUGAUCCGGAAAAGGCCGCCACGCUGAGCACAUCGUACCCGUCCUCCGUCCCAUCCCGCCAUGAAGAAGCCACCGCCCCCAGCUCCGGGACGACUACUACUGCUACUGCUAUCGGAGGAGGAGGAGGAGCAGCAGCAGGAAAGGGGUCAAGGAACGGAGACGCCAACAAAUACAACGACAAUGAGGUACCGCCUCCGCCCGCGCUGGCCGCCGCGGUCCCAUCGCGGCUGCGCGCCCUCAACGCGCGCAUCGAGGGCCUCGCGGGCUUCGAGGCCCGCGGCAUCACGCGCGUGCUGCCCGAGGAGCGCCGCCCGCCGAGCCUCAGCGACGACCUGCAGGUCGCCAUCAUGUGGUUCAGCGCAAACAUCUCGCUCAACAACCUCGCCGCCGGCAUGCUGGGCCCGCUGCUCCUCGAGCUCGGCUUCCUCGACUGUGCGCUUCUGGCCGUCUUUGGCGCCUUCGUCGGCAGCCUGACGACGGCGUACAUGGCCAUCUGGGGCCCGCAGAGCGGCAACCGGACAAUGGUCGUUCUUCGCUUCUUCAUGGGCUACUGGCCCUCCAAGAUCCCAUGCCUCCUCAACAUCGUCCUCAUGGUCGGCUACGCCACCAUCGACGGCAUCAUCGGCGGCCAGGUCCUCUCGGCCGUCAGCGGCGGCCAGAUGACCAUCAUCGUGGGCAUUGUAGUCGUCUCCGUCGUCUGCUGGGUCGUCGCCGUCUUCGGCAUGGCCCUCUUCCACAAGUAUGAGAGGUACUCGUGGCUACCCCAGGUCCUCGCCCUCUUCGUCCUCAUCGGCGUCGCCGGCCCCUACUUCGACGCCUCGUCCCAGUCCAAGGCCACGGGCGAGCUCCUCGCCGCGCAGCGCCUCUCCUUCUUCAACAUCUGCCUGUACGUGCCCAACUCGUGGGCGGCCGCCGCGUCCGACUUCUACGUCUACUACCCGGAGCGCACGUCGCGGCGCAAAAUCUUCUUCCUCACCCUCGUCGGCAUCUGGACCGCCUUCUGCCUCGUCUACCUCAUCGCCAUCGGGCUCGGCACCGGCGUCGCCAACCUCCCCGCCUGGUCCGACGCCAACGCCGUCUCCUCGGGCGCCCUCAUCGUCGCCGGCUACGAGCCCCUCAAGGGCUUCGGCCGCGUCUGCUCCGUCAUCGUCGCCCUCGGCGUCAUCGCAAACUCCAUCCCCAGCACCUACUCGGCCGCCCUCGGCUGCCAGACGCUCGGCCGCUACGGCAAGGCCGUCCCGCGAUGGGUCUGGUCCACGCUGCUCAUCCUCGUCGAGUUCGUCCUCGCCGUCGCCGGCCGCGAGCACCUCUUCCUCAUCUUCCAGAACUUCCUCGCCCUCAUGGGCUACUGGGUCAUGAUCAUGAUCGUCAUUGUCUUCGAGGAGCACAUGCUCUUCCGCAGGGGCAAGUCCGCCUUUGACUGGUCCCGCUGGGAGGACCGUGACUACCUGCCCCUCGGCUGGGCCGCCUUUGCCGCGUUUCUCAUCGGCUGGGCCGGCGCUAUCCUGGGCAUGAGUCAGGCCUGGUACGUCGGGCCCCUCGCGCAGCUGGCUUCGACGGGCGACGUUGGCUUGUGGGUCGCCGUCGGCUUCACACUCGUCACAUUUGCGCCGUUGCGCCUGCUUGAGAGGAGGUGGAUCGGUCGUUGAUCCGUCGGCCCCCUUGUUCGCCGUACUUGCUGGCGAUGAUGCCACCGUCCUUGUUUCUGGAUUCUUCAUUUUCAACGAGCAUGGUCAGUGGGGACGCGGAUGCGGCGGGGUUUUUUUUACCUUUGCCAUUCCAUACCGCUUACACAUGCUUUACGGUUCUUAUGAAAUAUCACAUCACCAUCAUGGAGUCUGGUGUAUGAGGUAGACGAAAAUUAGACUCAGGUCUCGACGUCUUCACAUAUCGCCUGACGUCAGCUUGUGUCAUGAUUUUCUAGAAUAAUGUCCCGCAGUCCGUGCUUAGUAUGAGACGCGGGCGCGCACUUUUUUGCUGUUUCGCAACGCCUUGCUCCAUUGUGUAUAGGCUUAGUCGACAUGUACGCG